ACAAAAGGUCUUCUGUCUAUAUAUGCACCAAAAAUUCAAAUUCUAUAUAUGUACAGAUCUUGUACAUAUUCACAUUAAAUAAACAAUAUUUUCAUCUCACAUAUAAUUGUCUAGUUUCCUCACUUUCACAACAAAUUUUUCUAGUUUUUUCAUGUAACAUGGGAGGUUUUUAAUUUUCAUCUUUUAAUUGAGCUUUCAGCAAACCACUUAAAUACUCGACAAAUAUUGUCAUCCACCGAGUGACCUUGCUGCAACGAUCUACCGGGACAUUCAACCCUUCUUGCCUAGAUUUGUUCAAAAAAAUUCAGUUUUCACUUCAAAGUGUGUUAUGGCAAAGCUUGGAGCUACACAUAGAACACAAACCAUAUCAACAACACCUUCAUCAAUUUCUGAAACUUACCAACCGAAAAACCAUCAUGAAAAGCUCUACACUGAUUUCCAAAUUUACUGGCCAUUUAGCAUUCCGUUGACAUCCGAAGCUGCAGCAAUUCGCAUCAUAAGAAAUUUAGAAAACCUUGCACUAUAUUACACACUCUUUAUGUGGAUCAUACUCUUCAUAAUCCUCAUUCCUUAUCAUAAAACAUCAUUGAUUUUGUUGGUUAUAAUGACCUAUGUGAUAACCAUUUAUCAUUUACUACUAAAAGCAUGUCCCAACAAUUUAUUGCUUCAUAGAAGAAUAGAUAAAAGGUUUGUAUUGGGUUUGUUAGUGUUUGCGACAAUUGUACAAUUGAUUUUGACUGAUGCAGGGAUUCGUCUUGCAGUUACUUUAGCUUGUGUUGUGCCAUUAGUUUUAAUGCAUGCUGUUUUAUGGGUUAAUCACUACGUUUUUGAGGUUGAGGAUGAUGCUUGUUGCUGUUGUAACAAAGAAUUGGCUCCACUAGUUGGCCAUUGUGAGUUUGGAGCUGAUGGCCUAGAGAUUGUUUGAUUAUCUUCUUUUGUACGUAGACAAGUGACAAACACUGCUAAAACUUCGUACUCCAAACUAACGAGAGAUUUCUGAUUCAAAUCUGAGUAACUACGGAAAAUGUUCAGCCUAACAAUCUCGAUAAAGUCAUAAUUGAGUUAGACUUUACGAACGAGAAUGAAUAAUUUUUGUUAGAGAUAGUUUGACAUUUAUUAGAAUUAGUUGAA